UUAAUUUUUUUUUCUAUUCUCUUGGAAACCCGCAGCAUUCCACAACUUUCUUCUAAAUUUGUUUUGUUACAUAUUUCAAUACGAUCUCGAUAACAGGAAUGAACGAAUGUUUUGUAGCUUAGAGACAAGUGUUAUAAGUUUUGAUUUAGUUCGCUGCAGUUGUGUUAUGAGUCCCAUGUCAUGUUCGUUCGUCGGAGCGACGAAGACCGUCUAGUCAUCCUUACGGAUGACUGAUGUCUUGUGCGGCGGCUUUGUUUAACGUGAAGAAGUGUUACACACCAUUAAACUCACUCCCUCGGUUGUGACCAUCUUCAAUCCAGUGACAAGACCAGGUCAAGACGACCUGGAAAUGAAGACGGAUGCAGUGGGUGGGCAGGAUGUCUUACAUGGCUCCUUUUGCUCUCCACACUCCCCAAUACACUGCUGCAGCCAACUUCCCCUCCGUUGAACCACAAAGGUUUCUUCCGCCAAGUCCGCCAGAUCCAGUCUUUACAUGCAUAGUUAAUAUCCAACUUCCCAAAGACUCAAACUCGGGGAAAAGUCUUCAGAUAAACGUCCGAACCAAAUGGCCUACAAGCAGAAAGUGGCGGUAAUAGGAUGUGGUCCGGCAGGUCUAUGUAUGUUGAAACAUCUGAUGCGAAGUAACGGAGACCACGUUCAAAGUUCGGAAUAUUUUGAAGCUAUAGGAUUCGAACAACAGAAACGGAUAGGUGGAACAUGGGUGUACGACGAAAAUAUCGGCUCUGAAGAAGAAGGCCGGCCUUGGCAAUCUAGCAUGUAUAAAAACCUUAGAACCAACCUAUCGAAACAUGUCAUGUCAUUCCGAAACUUCCCUUAUCCAGACAACGCACCAUCGUUUCUGCACCACUCCGAAGUUCUGGCUUACCUCGAGGACUUUGCCAAUCAUUUUGGACUGCACCAAUACAUCAAAUUCCAGACUCAGGUAACACUAGUGGAACCAUGUUUGGCCAAGAGCUUCCUUCCUAGUCCAGUUAAGUGGAAAGUAACCUACAAGAGGUGCCAAGAGUCUGCAGAAAUGGAAUUGUGUCACUUUUCUGUGCCGUAUUAUCCAUCAUUUAUUGGUGAAGAGAAGUUCCAAGGGACAAUACUCCAUAGCCACGAUUACCGAAGCCCUGAGCAGUUUUCCGGAAAAAUCAUUGUGUGUAUUGGAGCAAAGAGUUCUGGGAUAGACAUAGGCAUUGAAUUGUGCUCUGUUGCCAAGAAGGUGUUUUUGAGUCAUAGAGGUCACCCUUUAACCAGUGAGCUACCAAAAAAUAUGAUUCAAAAACCAGAGAUUCAAGAAUUUAUUUCUAAUUAUGUGGUUUUCGAAAAUGGUGACACAGAACACGUAGAUGCUGUGGUGCUUUGCACUGGUUACAAAUUCAACUUUCCGUUCUUGCACGAUAAAUGCAAUGUGAAAACCUUACACAACCGGGUGACCCCUCUCUAUAAACAUCUGGUGCAUGCUGACUUUCAUAAUUUUUUCUUUCUCGGCCUUUGCACACAAGUAGCUCCUUUCCCAAUGCUUGACAUGCAAGCUGCUUUUUGCAAAGCUGUUCUUCAGGGCCAAGUGAGUUUACCGAGCGCUGGCGAGAUGAUACGAGACGCCAAUGAAGAUUUUGAGGAAAGAUUGAAAUCUGGUAUGGCCAAACACCAUGCGCAUAUGAUGGGUUUACGACAGUGGGAAUAUAACGAUGAGCUUGCGGAUAUGUGUAAUGUUCCUCGUUUGCCAGUCCAGAUAAUGAACACUUAUAAAUAUGUGGAACAAAAACGAAAGAUGUACCCCAUGACAUAUAAAUACAUGUCAGUGAGUUAUGAAGCCCAAUAGUCAAAGGUCAUCCCAAUAGGGGUGAAGUGCUUUAACAAAAUACUAGAGAAACAUUUUAAGGGACAAGCAAGGAUGCAGGAAAUACUAAAUUCAUACCAGGCACAGCUUCCCUUAAAUCUUUACUUCCUAUCAUUGAUAAUUCUUGCCCUUUGAGCCAUUUAGGCUCAAUAUUUUGUGUCCAAACCAGCUAGAUCCAGCCUAUCACACCUACCCUACAAUGUCAUUCUAAAAAUAAACGCCUAAAUAUUC